GUCUCACUACCCUCUAGUGAAUGUGGUGGCAGCACUGGCUUCACAGGUGUGUGGGAAAGCCAGUGAAGCUUACUGUGCCAGCAUCCAUCAGCUGGAGUCCACAGGAGCAGACGACAGUGUCAGUGCUGACCUCCAACAUCGAGAACAAGGCUACAUGGACACAAUCAAAGCUCUCCAGGCCCAGGUGGAGUUGAUGGAGUCUGAUAGCAUCAAGUCACUUUCGAAGAUGGAGAGGAAACUGAAAUCAGCUGAGACCCAGCUGAUGCAGAAGGAGGUAGACAUUGUGAAUGAGGAAGCAGUCUUACAGACCAAGUUUGAAAAACAGCUCAAGCAGGUCAAGGCAUCGGCUGAUCUGACGGUAAAAGACUUGAAAAUCCGGCUCCUGUCUCAAGACCGGGAGAUGACCACCAUGAAACAGCAACUACACCACAAGGAGCACCAGUUGCAGCAAGUCAGAGAGGAGUUGGAGGACACACAACGGUCAUUAGAAAAGAAGAACAAUGUUCUCCUGGAAGAGUUGUCUCAUUAUGUCACUCAAAAUAGAAACAGAACCGUCAGUCUGUCCAAGUUGAGCAAGGAAGGCUGUAAGAGUGAUGACACAGUAGCACGUGAGAAGUGGACGUUGAUCAGCAACAUCUGCGACAUGGUUCUAGAAGACUUGCAGGGCGUUGUUCAGGGUAUGGGUCAGGUUGUGACAAACAUGAAUUGUGGCACACAGCGGGGGGGGGACCUCGAGGCUACCCAUGCAGACAUGGUUGUUGUUGACCACAGCAUGCCGUCCACUGUCCCUUCCUCAUGUUCACAGCACUUGGGCAAGCAUAGCCAGGACAAUGACCAGUUGCUACAGUCACUCCAGAAGAGGGUGCACGAUUCUGGGGAGCUCAUCAAAAGACUCACACAGCCUCAACCCAUCACAGUCACCAUAGCUUUCGCCAACUACGUGCGUGACAGCCUGGUCAGCAUGUGCAAGGACAAAUUCCGGAAGGCUCGGUCAGGCAUCAACACCAUCCUCACUGAGCUGAUGGACGAGGAGAGUGAUGAGGAAGAACCUCUUGAGGAGUCUUGA